AGUCUUUUUUGUAGAUUUCUAAUUAAGUUUACCAUGAUUUAUUGUUAAAAACUUCCGUGCGGUGGGUCAGUACUGUUUCCAAACACUGUACAAUUUUGUUCAUUCUCCUCUGUGGAGAAUUUAUUCAUAAUUUACACUUUUAGUCACUCCCUCUGGAAGUAUGUUUUUUCCAUAUUCCUUUAAUGUUCAUGCUUGGUUAUUUUUUACCAUUUACUGGGUGAUGCCUUUCUGUCAGUGGACAUCUCAGCAGACCAGCUGGCCUACAGUCAGCCACAGCCAGCUCUAGCUCUCCAUCCCCUCGCUCUCUACUUUCUAUUUAUAUUCAUCCUAAUUUCACUCCAGGACUAUUUUCUCCCACUGACGAUACCCUCCUGUCACUUGUUGCCCUCCUUCUUCUUCUUCUUCUUCUACUGCUUCAUUUCCGUCUUCCUUCCUUAUACAACUCUUAUGGCUGGGUUCAAGGAGGUCUUGAAAUGGUGCGUAUGCUUGAUUCCUUCAUUGUCACCAUUUGUACGUUCAUUUCCAAACUCCUCCAUGCCUUGUGGACAUUAUUAGAAUCUGAGCCAGCUGAUUUGCCAGCGCAAGGCCCCUCUCCCUGGAAUUUUAUGGAGGAGUUGAGCCCCAGACAACUGGCUGUCAAGCAGCUGAAGCAACAGUUCUUGGUGGCCCUGCAGGCCAACAACGCACAAGAAGUCCUUAAAAUUCUGCACAAUGGCAAGCUAGACAUUGACACUGUGCUGGAGGUAGAUGACCCUAAAAUGGUCCUGGCCUCAUAUAAACAAGGAUAUUGGCUACCAGGCUACAAAUUGGAGAAGUCCUGGGCGAUGGGUAUCCAUGUGUGUGUGAUGUACAACGCCUUGGAAACGGCACUCAUGCUUCUUGAGAAAGGUGCAGCUGUCAACCGCAUGCCCAAUGGGAAGACACCACUCCAUGUGGCCUGUGAGGUCUCCAACAGCGACUUUGUAUCCCUGCUUUUGGCUCAUGGAGCGAAAGUCAACAGCUUGUCUCUCAGUGGACACACACCGCUGCACCACUGCACCAGCAGAGAGUCCGUAGACUGUGCCAAGCAGCUUAUCCUCAAAGGUGCAAAAGUCAACGUGACCAGCCACAACAAUGAUGAGGACACACCUUUACACAAAGCAGCCAGAUUUGGUGUCCCAGAACUGGUGGCUCUGUUUUUGGCCCACGGAGCUUCUGUGAAUGCCGUCAACUCUCUCCAGGAGACGCCUCUGAUGACUGCGGCCUUCUGGGCUUUCGACACCAAGGAGCAAAUCUACAGCCAAGACCAUCAUUUCGUCUGCCGCCUUCUUCUGGACCACCAGGCCGACCCCAACCUUCAGGAAGAGGACCAUAAAACAGCUCUCCACAAGGCAGCCUGGAACUGUGACCACAUCCUGAUGCAGAUGCUGCUGGAGGCCGGAGCAGACGCACGAGCCAUGGACAUCAACGGCUGUGCUCCCAUUCAGUAUCUCCUCAAAGUGACGGAUGUCAGGCCUAUGGCCAUUCCAGAGCUCUGCUAUCAGCUGCUGCUCAACUACAACGCAGCACGGGUCUACCCACCACAGUUCCACAAGGUGUUGCAGUCCUGCCACGACUACCCCAGAGUUGUAGAAAUCUUGGUGAAUUCUUAUGAACGUUUAAAGCCUACAAAGAAGUGGAGAGCUGCUAUACCUGAUGACUGCUACAAGCGUCAUAAAGACUUCUACGACUCCGUUUUUGCUGUUUGCACCAACACUCCUCGCAGCCUGCUUCACCUGGCCAGAUGUGCCGUCAGAGCCGGUCUGUGCGGGUUCUGUCACAAAGGAGUACCACAGCUGCCUCUACCAUCUUCCAUGAAGAAAUAUAUACGAUUGGAUCCUGAAGGGAUACUGUACUAAUGAAGAGAUUUUUGUUCAUAAGUUUCAGCUACUGCAUGGGAAAGUGCUCCGAUACGCUGAAUGUCACCUGAUGAUCUGAACAGAAACAUGUCUGUCUGCGGUCCGAAUGGAAAAUGCCGCCAGCUGGAGCAUGCUUAUCGCUCACAGAGGCUUUUAUCGGCAACACAAGAAAUCCCUCUUUAGUGUUUGGCAGAAUACAAGACGUUAUGUGCAUAUAAGCUGCAUGAAUUACACAAACCAGAUAUUAGGUUGGUUUGAGAAUGAACACAAAAUAAGACCAAAUUAUAACAGGAAUUAAUCAAGUGACUGUUCAACUGUAAAUGUGCAGAAGUUUGACAGACAGCGCCGCCUCACGCCGAAGAGGAUCCUUAUGUACCUGGCAACCACCUUAAUGCUCGCUCCCAUGUCAUCAGCUCAUGCCCCUGUGAUAUUCCACUUCUUGCAAAACAAACACUUGACAAGCCACUCCACAACAAGUGUUUGUUUUUCCACUGGACUGCAUGGAACCGUGUGCAUGGACCAAUUUCUUUCUCUUUUUUUUGGUAGCAGCAUUAUAUAGCACAAACAAACACAAAUAAUGCUUGAAGCUUUUCCCCUCAACUCCCUCACAACAGAAAAUACUCAGUAGAAAGAGUGAUGGUGACCUAAUAACCCUGUCAAGUUAGAGGAAGACCUGCAGAGCCACUUUGAAAAAUCUCAUGUUAGCCUUUAAUUUCACAUAGUUUCCACGUUCAUUUCAGCUACAACCACACCAUUGCUUCCUCAAAAUGUGCAGAUCUAUCUUCUAUCUCCAUGCACUUGUCCCCUCAUGCUGCAGCCCGAGCACACCAGCCUCACCUGCUGUCUGCUCAAACACUGUAAAGCUACUCUAUGCAACAUAAUGCAUACUGACGUAACACAUGCUGGACUAGGAAGCUGAUUCACAUAGACAUGUUUAAAGCUACUUCCUUGGACACACUGAAGGUGUGUCCAAACUUUUGACUGGUACUGUAUGUCUUGGCCUCUAGGUAAACACACAGUGGCAACAGUGAGGUGUUUCAUAUUUAUAUUCAUGUUGUUCUGUUAAUGAACAUCCAUUAGACAGUAUUUUGCUGUCAGCAUGUGCACGUGUCUUAAAAAUAUAGAUUUUUUUGCAAACAUUUGAGUUUCCACUACACUAUUAUUGUAGCCAAAAGAUUCCACGAAACAGAUUUCCUCGUAAUAUCUAUACAAAAUUUGAUGGUUUCAUGAUAUCAGUCAAAUUCCUCUUCAUUUAUUUUGGGUGUUGUCUCUUUUUUUGGCAAAUAAAUGACACUCAUAACACAACAGGGGGGAGGUGGAGAGAGUCUGUAACUAUUACUGCUCUCUAUUUUGUUGCUAUGAUCGACUGUCAACGUAUGUGUGUCAUUAAGACAGACAGGUUUUGUUUUUUGUUUGGGUAUUACCAGUACCAGUAUAUUGUGACACCCCUUAUCUGAAUGAAGGCCUAUAUAAAUAGAGGUCCAAGUAAAGUCAGCUGCAGGUCUAUAGGUCAGCAUAAGUACCAGACACAUUCUGCAGAGGGUACAUUGUCCGGAUGACUAAAGGGUCAGACUUCCAGUGGCUCUCAAAAUAAACCAGUGAGGGUCACAUACACACAUAGUAAAGGACUUCAUGAUUCCUUUAAAGUGACUGAUACACCGGUCUCGUAUUUGCUUUUUACUCUCUUGCAUAAUCCUGUAUUUGUACUACCACCAUGUCUCAAUAAACUGGAAAAUACAA